GAGACGUUCGAGCUGUGGCCGAGUGGUCACUGCAGGAGGGUGUACCGCGGGGACAGCGACGACGCCAGGCGACACGUCAGCGGCUGGGCCAUGAGGAACACCAACAACCACAACGCCCUCAUCCUCAAGAAGUCUUGCCUCGGCGUCCUCGUCUGCUCCAUGGACUGUCUGCUGGACUCCGGCAGGAAGGUCCACCUCCGGCCGGCCAUUUGUGACAAGGCGAGAAGGAAACAAAUGGGUCAGUGUGGGGAACAUCUUUUGGCCUUUUCUGUUAUUUAUUUUUUGCACAACCAGAUGAUUUCGAGUUCUUAAAAUUCCAGUUGCCAAAACGACCGAUCAGCCAAAAGUUGAUAUGUAAAUGAACCAUUGCUUUGUAAACCAAAAGUUGAUAAGUAAACCAAAAGUUGAUGUGUAAGCCAAAAGUUGCUAUGUAAGUGAAGAGUUGAUAUGUAAACCAAAAGUUGAUACGUAAGCCAAAAUUGAUAUGGAAGUGAAAAGUUGAUAUGUAAACCAAAAGUUGAUACGUAAGCCAAAAGUUGAUAUGUAAGACAAAAGUUGAUAUGUACGCCAAAAGCUGAUAUGUGAUUUUGGAAGCCAAUAACCAUGCAUACAAAUAGCUCUCAUUGUCAUGUCAUGUUUGCCUAAGGCAUUGCUCACAUCUUCCAGUCCAGUGGUUCAUCUAAAUACAAACCACGUCAUUUUUUUCCAUGUCAAUUGUCCGACUGUUAUUUCAUCGAGAUCCGGUCUUUUCAUUCCCAGGCAAGCCAUGUCCUAACCCGGGGUGCUCUGGGAAACUUGACCUCCUGUCGUGCCGAGGUCAUUGUGGUUACCCUGUGACCCACUUCUGGCGCCACGUGAAUGGCUCCGUGUACUUCCAGGCCAAAGGAUAUCACGAUCACCCCAGGCCGGAGGUGAAAUCCCUCUCGGAGAAGGGGCGGCACGCCUUCUCAAAACAGCUGAAACAAGAGGGGGUAAGUUUUUGUACUCGAACGCACCCACUGACUAAGUGGGGAUAAGUUUAUUACUUGAACUCACCCAUUGACUAAGUGGGAUAAGUUUUGUACUUGAAUGCACCCACUGACUAAGUGGGAUACGUUUUGUACUUGAACGCAGCCACUGACUAGGUGGGGUAAGUUUUGUACUUGAACGUACCCAUUGAUUUGUGACGUAAUAAUUGUUAACCAUUCAGUGCGCAUGUGGAAAACUUGAGAGCAAAAUGGAAGAGGAAAUAAAUAUUGGAGCUGCGUAUGUUCUUGCCAACAAGCGAGACUAACUCUUCCGAAUUCGAGCCGAACUAGUGGAUGACUUAACUUCUUUGUCAAUGGAAACAAGAUAAAGAAUUACUGUUAAUGGUCAAAAAAAACAAAAAAAAAACACUCUUUCUUUAAAAUUAAAUUAAUUCCAUGUCUGUAAUCGUGAUAAAUGGAUCGCACGAAGUCAACGCUGUUAAACAAACAAACAAUAAGCUUAUUGUUACACGUCAUGGUCGCAUUGUUGACAUGUGACCCAUGCCCAUAGGUUGAACUCAUAUAAGAUAGAGCACUUUUCAAUGAUUGUAUCCCUUAUUAAUGACGUCACAUGAAAUGAAACAUCACACGUGUCCAUAUCUGUGUAUUUCAGAGUCGUCUGCUGCCGAUGUCACUCAAACGGAGAUUCCCGAUU